UGAAUUUUAAGAUGACUUACCCAAAUCCAUUGAGAGUAGUUACAAGAAACUUGACUCCAAACAUAGUCAUUUCAUCAUGCAGCUUCAAGCGUUUUGACAAGGUCAAUUUCGGGGCUAGAAUGGCUCUUUUCAAUUAUGAUAAUUCUGUUAUAGUUUGGUCUGCAAUUCCCUACGGGGAAGAAGUCGAUAAGGCUAUACAAAAGUUGACUGGAGGCUCAGCCUUUGAUGUCACUCACUUGAUUAUUCCAGACAAGGAACAUACUAUGGCUGCUAAGUCUUUCAAAGAGAAGUACCCGGCUAUGAAAAUCAUUGCCAUGGAAUCGGUCGAUUUAGGUGAAUCAUGCCCGAUUGAUUAUACCAUUACUUCUAAAUAUGCUAAUAAAUUGAUCGAUGCUUCUGUUUUAGAAGAAAUUGGUAUAAAAGAGUCGGCCAUCUUGAAGAACUUCCAAUUUGUAUAUCUUCCGCAUCAUGCCAAUAAAGAGCUUGUUACUUACGAUUUUAACUCUAAGAUCUUAUUCGAAGCAGAUUUAUUGUUCAAUUUGGGAAAUGGAGAAAAAUUGGAACAGUUCAGCCCUGAAACAGGGUAUCCUGAAGAUUAUAAUCCGUACCUGGGCUGGUCUUGCUCUUCCAGAUACUUACAUCCAGAUAGUACUGUCGGAAGAUUUCUUCUUAACAAGAUCUGUAACACUGCACAAUCAGCUGAAGGUUUGAAGACCAUAUACAAUUGGGAUUUCAAGCUGAUUGUCAUGUGCCACGGUAACGUCAUCGAACAUGACGCUAAGACAAAGUUCAAGACUUUGUUCAGUUCUGUUUUAUAAUCUGUUUAUGAGAAUGUUACUUGCUGUGUAAUAAUAAGACCUAUUUUUGUUUGUUUUUGAUGAUGACGAUGAUGAUGACGAUGAUGAUGAUGAUGACUCUGGAGAUACCUUAUUAAUACACAUUUACUUAUUUA